UUAAAAAAUACAAUUUUCUUUUAUCUAAUUUCGAAUCUCAUAGGGUUCAAAAUUUUGUUUCUGCUGUUCUCUCGAGGAAAGGUAGAGUUCCCGCAUUGUCCGGAUUCUCAGAGAUUCAUUCAUUAAUCUGAGUUUUCUCGGGAAAAUUUACUGACUCUGAGUCUAACCCGAAUCCAGCGAUGAUGUCGAACUUGGUGGAGCCUUCGUGGCGCCUCCUGGCAGCGAGCGGCGGAGAUACGGUUAAGCUUUUCGACGUUUCUGCCGAUUCCGGCGAUCCCUGCGUUUUGAGCUAUACUCCGACACCUGGCUGUGCUGUCAACUCCGUCAAGUGGAAUCAUACGAAUUUAGUGGUGGCGAGUACGGGAGAAGAUAAGAAGAUAUCCCUGUGGCGGAAAAAUGGGCAGAGUUUAGGAACAGUUCCAGUUACUGGCAAGGACGGUGGUGAUAGUGCCGAGGAAUGUUUAUCGGCUAUUAGCUUCAGCAAAAAAGGAUCCAGGUACAUUUGUUCUGGAGGAACUGGUCAAAUUGUUAAGAUAUGGGAUCUGCAAAGAAAGCUUUGUAUUAAGAAGUUGAAGGGUCAUACAAGUACAAUAACGGGUGUCAUGUACAACUGCAAAGAUGAGCAUUUGGCUUCUGUUAGUGUUGGUGGGGAUCUAAUAGUCCACAACCUUGCAUCUGGAGCAAGGGCUACAGAACUCAAAGAUCCAAAUGGGCAGGUAUUAAGGUUGCUUGAUUAUUCAAGGUCCAGUCGACACCUCCUACUCACUGCAGGUGAUGAUGGCACUGUGCAUCUGUGGGACACAACUGGUCGUAGCCCCAAGAUGUCCUGGUUGAAGCAGCAUUCGGCACCAACUGCUGGCGUUUGCUUCUCUCCAUCAAACGAAAAGAUAAUUGCUAGUGUGGGGAUGGACAAAAAGCUUUACACUUAUGAUUCUGGAUCCAGAAGAUCUUCGUCCUGCAUUGCCUAUGAGGCACCUUUCUCCUCUUUGGCGUUUGGGGAUAAUGGUUAUAUUCUGGCAGCUGGAACCAGCAAUGGUAGAGUAGUGUUUUACGACGUCCGUGGAAAACCGCAGCCUGUUACUGUCUUGCACGCUUUCAGUAAUUCAGAGGAUGUAACAAGUCUUUCAUGGCAAACAUCAAAACCAGUUAUUGUGAAUGAGAAAAAUUACACUUCUGAGAUGGCUCUUCUUGGCAGUACUGUGGAAGAUUCAGUUGUCAUUCCGGAUCCACUUCCCUCAACGACACCCUCAGCUUCACAGUCCGCUUUGGCACCAGGUUCCCGUGGAGUUUCCGCGAGUACUGUAAAUGCAUCAUCAGUUGAACAAACACCAAAUAGAACUCAUCUAUGGCCUGGUGGGCCACUGGGCAGACUGCAUGCACUUCGUGCAAGUGACAGUUUUAAUGAUGAUAUGGGUGUUUUUUCACCUAUUAUUGACGUAUCAUCUGUUGAGAAGUGGGCUGAUAGUGAAGGAUUCAAUAAUAAGGAACAUUUCGUUGUUGACAAAAAGCCGUCCUCUUUGCUAUUUCCUUCAUCCAGCAAGGGAUAUUCGUUCGGAGACGAUGGAAACAAGGAACAUCCGAUAUUCGACUGGAAACCAAGUUCUACUUCGAAACAGGAUGACACGAGGGUUGCUUUUUCGUCUUUUGGAUCUACUACGCCAACAGCAUCAUCCAAAAGUGAAGACACUGCCUUGACACCUCCAGAAGCAUGGGGUGGCGAUAAAUUUUCUGAGAAGUUUAACCAGUUGGCCAAUGAGAAAUUUUCUGAUAAAUUUAGCCACCUGCAUGCACCUUCACGUCUCGCGGUUUCAAGCACAUGUGCUAGUACAUCUGGAUCAAUGUUCUCUAGCUCUCGAGAUUUCCCCUUGUCGCUUGGUCAGACAAACCUCGCAAACGCUAGCUCAGAAUUCCCACGGAUCAGAGACUUCUCUUCAACCUUUGAGACAUCCUCAACACAGACAGACAACAACUUGCCUUCAAGCCCAUUGUUUACAAAAGGCAUCACAGCUCCGGGUAACAUUGAUUCAUUGAGGCUAUCACCAAAUUUUACUCGUAGGUUCUCAACAUAUGCUGAGAGAAUCAGCACCACUUCUUCCUUUAGUGACGGGGCCUCUCUCACUCUGGGUGGUUCACCCAAGAUAAAGAAAACAGGCGCAGAAACGAGAGAGGAAGUUUUAAAUCAUCUGUUGCCGAGACCAGAGAUGGUGGCUGCAACAGAAGCAGGAGCUAUGCCGCUUAUGAAUCAGGGAGGGUUGAAGCAACCUCAAACGGAUCAACAGCAGAUGAUGGGUAGUAGCAAUUUCACGCUUCAGCUAUUUCAAAGAACGCUCGAAGGAACUUUGGAUUCUUUCCAAAACUCAAUUCAUGAUGACGUGAGGAACCUUCACAUUGAGAUCCUCAGACAGUUCCACAUGCACGAGAUGGAGAUGUCGAAGGUGUUAAGCUCGAUUCUGGAGAACCAAGCGGAGCAAAUGAAGGAGUUAAAAUUGUUGCGAAAAGAGAAUCAAGAGCUCAAAGAAAGGCUAUAGAGGAGACUGUUGUGAGUUUUUGUGUGUUCAAAUGUUGCGUGGAUUUCUAUCAUUCUCUUUGGUACUCUUCAUGUGUUCCUCUCCGUUUUGCGAUCGAAUCCAUUUUGAUUUCAUAUUAUGAUUGAUUCGUUUGGGUUUUGGUAGAGAUCUUGUUUACAUUGUAACAUUGCAUUUCCAUUAAUCUGGAGGAAGCAAACCAUUAAUCAUGUCA